GAUGUGUUAGAUGGCCUUCGCUUCAUCCAAGAUGUGUUAGAUGGCCUUCGCUUCAUCCAUGAUGUGUUGGAUGGCCUUCGCUUCAUCCAAGAUGUGUUAGAUGGCCUUUGCUCCAUCCAAGAUUUGUUAGAUGGCCUUCGCUUCAUCCAAGAUGUGUUAGAUAGCCUUCGCUUCAACCAUCCUGUACAAUAUUAAAAAGUCGGUAAGUUAUGAAACAAAUGUUCUCUUUAUUUGGACGAGACAAAUCAGAGUCAAUGUAAUGAAUACGCAAUAUUUAUAUUUAAAUAUAUUCUUGAACUAUGACCUUUUUGGGGCAUUAAAUAAAUAUGAAAUGAAAUUUAGUUGACUUACAUAAAUAUGGAAUAUGACCGUUUUAGGGAUUAAAUAAAUAUGACAUGAACUUUUGUGGAAUUAAAUAAAUGUAAAAUAUUACUUUUUGAGGCAUAAAAUAAAUAUCAAAUCAUACCUUUUUGCAUUAAAUAAAUAUGACAUGAAACUUUUGUGGAAUUAAUGAAAUAUGACCUUUUCAGGGAAUAAAUAAAUUCCACAAAUAUUUAAUUUUUUUUUUAUUAAUUUACAUGGGAUAAAUCCAGAUCACAAUAAAAUAACAAAUGUAAGAGAGUUUGCGCUUCGAGAAGCACUUAAAAAUGUUUACUGUAUUUUAUUCCCAAACUCUCUGGUCCUCAUCUUUCACCAAUUUGUCAGAUCAUUUACCAUCUGAAUAUUUAAACUAGCGUCGUAAAAAAACAUACAAGACUUUUUGCCACACUUGGUCAAGGUCAAUGACGGCUUCAGAAGCUAUGCUUGACGCCAAUAAUGUGCAAACCCCGUCCUGUGGACCACAUUCGGUCCACAACACAAUUUUUACAUACCUCGCUAGAUGUAUAUUUUUAUAAUUCUAUCAUUUGCAAGAACAGUUAAUCGCUCUCUUUGAGUUAAAUAAGUUGACGUGUGUACAUGAACUGAAAAUAUGAUCGGAAAAAUACGUGAGGCAAUUUGUGUUAUCCAGACAGCGCACAUGUAUAUAAUUCUUAAUUGUCUUUUAUAGAAAAGACAUACAUAAUGUUAUUACAGAUUUAAACCAUCUCAUUAACAAGUUUUAUAAACUAAUUUGAUUUAUUCAUACAAAUAUUUUCAACUUAAAGCUUAUAAGUUCUUUUUUUUUUUUUAAUUUCUUUUGCAGCGUUUUUUUUACUCCAGCUUGGGUUAAAAAAACAAAAAAAAAAUAACAAGUUUUAUAAACUAAUUUGAUUUAUUCAUACAAAUAUUUUCAACUUAAAGCUUAUAAGUUCUUUUUUUUUUUUUUUAUCUUCUAUGGCAGCGUGUUUUUGACUCCAGCUUGGGGUAAAAAAACAACAAAAAAACAGGUAGAAUCAAGAUAAAAAAUUUGCUACAUUUGACGUAACUUUCAAAAGUUUAAUAUGGUCUCUACGUUUAAAGGGAACUAAUUCUUUUUCCAUUCCGGCCCAGGCUAAUCAUCCCGUCACUAAGGCCCGCGGACCGACAGUGUAUGGGCGCGCCUGCUGCACAAUUGUUUUUAGCGUAUUAUUUAUGGCCAUCAUGGAGGUGUGCGAUUUCCCAGCAGCCGUGAGAUCGAGUUUACUCGUCACUGUGAUGACGGCCCGUUUCCUGUCAUCGUAAACACAUACAGAAACAGAUGGUGAAUUUCUUGUGAAUGGCGUGCCUCUGUCCUGGGUUUUUGUUGGCUUCUUGUGCAAACAUUGGAAACUCUCGGGGGGGACGACAAAUUCAACCCGGGGUUUCAAGAGCUUAAGUCAGAUCACCGGUUAAUGGCUACUUUUGUUUUUCAAGAAAUAUUUUUCCGUCGGAUGAAUAAAAGACUUUUUUUUAAAUGUUCAAUUCCUUACGUUUGCGCAUCACAUAACUUGAUUCAGUCACAAAUAAUUUUUUCUCUGUUCAAUCCGAUCAUGCGUUCUACUUCAUUUGUUUGGUGACGACAUUUUGAAAUUUGAAAUUUGUUUAUUAUUAAUAUUAUUGAUUCGUUCAGAAUAAUUUUGUUUAAAAAGAAAUUGUUUGGAAUUUCAAAAUUAAAGUUUUGCAUCUACCCGGCCGCACCUAGAAAGUUCUGGGCCCCAGGCAGCUGACAGAUUUCGGGCCCCUUUCGUGUUUCAAACAUGUGCGAUUAUUUUAAAACUCGAAAAAGGGCGGGCCCGUAUCUAGCUCGGGCCCGUAUCUAGCUCGGGCCCCUAUCUAGCUGGGGCCCCUAUCUAGCUCGGGCCCCUAUCUGGCUCAGGCCCCUGACAAGUGCCAUGGUUGUCCCCCCCCCCGCCCCCAAGUAGGUGCUGGUGCUACUCCCUCGAUAUUACGUAUCCGUGAAUAUCUCUCUUUCCAUUACGCUUGAGAGUUAUUCUACCAACUUCUACCAAACUUCAAUAAAACAUUUUCUUUAAUAUUUAAAAAUAGAUACCUCUUACGUCAUUUCUUAAUUUUUCUGACUAAUGCUUGAGGCAAUGACCAAGGGUUGCCCCCUUCUGCUUGUCCAUUGUUUCUAUUGAAGCUGUUCGCAGGGCCAGAUUUCUAUUGUGCUCGUCCUUGCUUAUCUCCACCAAGCUACUUUGGCCUUCCACGGUUUCUGUUCUGUAAGUAUAACCCAGAGAUCAGUUUGAUUGCACUCUACGGCAACCCCCAUCUCUAACAACGUAUUUUGACGCUUCAAUAACUUUAUCACUUGGCGGCACCUGUGUUCGUCCUUUACACCUUUCUUUGAUGUUAUACUAGGUGACACGCGGCGUAGCAUACGCCGCGAGCUUGUUGGGGUGUGCGCAUGGCUGGCAAGCGAGGGUGGUGCAGGAAGGGGGGGGGGGGCGGUAGCUCCACCGCAGUGCCCAUGCCUCGAGACCAACGAUGGGCAGGCAAGGGAAGAGAGUGGAGGGUUUGCCUGCAUCUUGCUUGCUCUGGCGUAUCUAUAUAUAGCCUGAGUCGUCGUCUUCUUGCUUCUUGCCCUAGUUUCGCUGGCGAAUUAUAUAUAUAUAAAUAGAUUCUUAAGAUCACUUCAUGGGCAAUUUUUCUGAAAAACUUUCAGCUUCCUCUCUGAUAUUUUUAUGUGGGUUUUAAGCGAUUUAUUACUUUGAAAUAAUUUAUAAUAUAUUAAAUUCUUUUUCUUUCGCUUGAAAUAAAUGUUUGUUUGGUUAUUGAAGCGCUUUGUUUUAUUUGUUUUGUUUGUUUUUUUUUCAAUCUGCUUUUUUAAAAAAAUCUUUGAAACAAAUUUUCUCUACCUACUCUAGACCACUUGAAAUCGAUACUCAGAUUCGUUCGUCAAACGACAAAUAGCUGUUGGAAGUUGGGUGGAUCUUUGAGGAUCUUAUUUCUCUAAGUCGAUCUUUAAACUAAUUUAACCCUGGAAAAUCAGUUUUAUUAAAGCAGACUUUCCAGUUUGGCUUUCAUUAUUUCGGUUCAAAUUGCCCAGAAAAUAUAACCGAUGAGAAAUUUAUCAAGUGUGCUACUUUUCUAUUGAUCGUCAUUGCCCACCCACCAAGGACAAAACGCGUCGUGACGUGGUCAUUAAAACUUUUCAACCAUUUACCAAACACCAUUUUAUUCAGAAAAUGGCGGUCAAGCCAAACAAAGCUAGCGGCAAUGAUGUAUUUAUUAAGCCUUAAUCUCAAACAAUAAAAACCGUUUAUCAUCGGAUUUCUCAGAAAUGGCAAUCAAUGGAUAUAACCAUCCACCGAAUCUGACCUUGAACCUACAAUAGCAAUCAUGUCUGACCUUGAACCUACUCAUCAGAUCGUACUUGAACUGCCUUAUUUGAAAUCGUCUGCUGUCCCAUUAUAAUAUUGUCAAUAACAGACAUGGGAGGUUAUCAAACUUUUUCUCCCGGUGUUUAGACACAAAUUUCGAUAUCGUAAUUUUAAGAAUUGAAUUUCAGAGAUUUUUUGUGUUAGGAUCUAUCUCUCAGCGUACACACGGAGAUUUCGUUUUUAUUUUUAAAAAUAUUAAGUGUAAAGAUGUGUAGUAAAUUUAUAAUCAUAUCCCAAUGGUUUUUUUAAAAUAAGUUUUUCUUGUCUAUGUAAAUAAUAUCUAUAAUUAUUGGCCAUACAGAAUUUAGCUUCAACUUCAAGAAUUUUUUAAAAAAUAUUUUAGUACAGUUAAACUGUAUAUUUUAUAUUUUUUUUUUGGGGGGGGGGGGCUAGUUGGUUACUGUACUGUUAAAGAGUCUUCUUCUUUUUCUUUUUUUUUUUUUAAGGAGCCCCGAUCAAUGUUUUUCAACUUCAAGAAUUUUUUAAAAAAUAUUUUAGUACAGUUAAACUGUAUAUUUUAUAUUUUUUUUUUGGGGGGGGGGGCUAGUUGGUUACUGUACUGUUAAAGAGUCUUCUUCUUCUUCUUUUCUAUAUAUUAAGGAGCCACGAUCAAUGUAUUGAUCAUUCUGGCUCCUAUGUAUGUAGAGGUGAUUCGCAAUGUUUCUGUGCCUAGUAUUGAACAGCAUAUUUCACAGGUAUCAAGGGCAACACAGUGAGGGUGUCGUGAACUGGGUGUUGCAAGGCCAGAGGCAAUAGACGCAAAUGUGUCAAGUGUUUUCGCCUUAACUGUAAAUUUACCAGAGAUGGCCGCUACGUAAAAUUGUGUAGUUGGUUUAUAUCAUAUGGAGUCAGUGUACCAAAUCUUGUUCUUAAUUUAUUUUCAUAUAAAUCAUAUACGAUGUAUUACUUGUAUACAGUAUACCAGUAAUUGCAAUGUCUAAAAUUCCAUUAUGGUUAUUAAUAUUUAAAUGUUUGGAGACCGGACAAAGAGCUUGUUUAUUUAUGUUAUAGAGGUGUUCUCUAAUACCGUCUCAAAGGCGACGACCUGACUCUCCUACGUAUAAUUUACCACACUUUUUACUAAGGAUGGUGUAAAUCACGUUGCGACUUGUGCAGGUAAAGCCAUUUUUUAUUCUGAAUGUUUCCAGAGGGAAAGUGAUCUCGUCAACUUCAAUCACGUAGGGACAUGUGUUACAACGGCUACGGUUGCAACUUUUGGUGCCUAUAUGGGCUUUAAUAGCAGGGAGGUGGUGUCUAACAAGUAUAUCCCUAAGGCUCUUGUCCCUCCGGAAAGCGAAAAGAGGUGUUUUUUUGGGAAAAACUCAUUGGAAACAGGGUCUGCCAUAAGAAUGGAACUGUUUUUUGAGAACCAGAUGUUAUGACGUUAUGGGAUGAAAAGUUACAAUAAAUGUACAUCUAUCCUCACUGUCAGAAGGAGCUGCUUUAACAAAAACCCUGUCUCGUCAUAACUUAAAUUCGUGUUUAAAAGGGAAGCGUUUGUUUUUCCAUGUGUGUAAAUGUGUGUAUAUGGUCGGAGGCGGUUGCUAUACACCAUGUUUUCUAAGCGUAAGUCUUGUAAAUAAAUAGCUUUGCGAGGUUUAAGAAGGGUGCCGAACUAGUGUGGAGGGAGGGAGUAGACUACAUUUGGGGGAGUUGCUACUCUUUGUGACACCCGGGGCUGUCCUUGAUUUUAACUACCCUCAAUAACAAACAAAAAAUACAUGUCCCUAAAGAAUACACUUUGAAAAUUAGCUAUACAAAUGACAUGGAGUGGACGAACAAUGCCGCCCCAAUAUAACUGCCACCCGGGGCGGACUGCACCCUCUUCCUACGCUCGUUUGUACAGAAUUAGGAUAAGGGGGGAAACUGUCAUUCUUACGAGUAAAGACAACUAGUAUAAAACAUUUGUGAGUGCAAAAUUUUUCAGCAAUACAUUUCAAGGUGGUAUUUUUUUUAAAUUAACAUUCAUAUGUCAAAUUUCUUUUUCAGAUUGAUGGAUUAAAACAACAUCACAGGGUUCGAAUCAACUGUCAUGUCUGCUCCACUCGAGGUUUUUUGUGUGGGUUUCUUACCACACUAACGCAGGCCGUGGAAAGGAUGUCGUCAGGUUUUAACCAUGUCCAAAGCCUCUCGUCAACCCCACGACCUUGAAGCCUACCAUGCAGAAGACUAUCCAAGUCCUAAUGCCCGACGUCCUAGUCCCCAGAUGGAACACGACGCUAGCUCUCAGCAUGGAGGACAGGCAGCGCGAUAGUGACCACUUGUUGUCGACUUUUGGCCCAGAAGUUUCUUCUUUUCCCCCUUCAGAUUUGAAUACGAUAGAACAAGACGUGGCCAAUCAGACAGAAUAUAAGGUGGCAAAGCUGGUUUGGCAGGUAUUUUGACAUUUUGUCUACUCGUUUGUAACAAAUGGGGGAAAAUCGUACAGAUAAUUUAAUGCAUCAUUAUCAAUAUUAUGUACUUUGUAUAUUUACAAUAUUUCAUUUAGGAUUACCUAAUUAUUUUGGAUGACCUAAUCAUUUAGGGUGACCUUAUGAUAUUGCUCUUUGCACUCAUCCAUUUUAUUUUUAUGUAUUUAUCUCUUUAAAAUUAAAACUACUAAAAUUAUUAUGAAAUAUAGUAUUGAUUUUAUUUCGAAAAUUUCAUUGUAAGUCAAUUGUGUGGAUUUUUUCCCUCCCAAAAUGUAUGCCGAACUCUCGCUCUAAUGAUAGGUCUUAAAGAAAGAACAAUGGGAGUCGCUUAGUCGAUUGAUUUGUCACGUGAUGAGAGUAAAAACGAGUAAAUUUCCGGUAGGCUUUAUACAACACACUAGUGCUUGACAACAGUAGCCCGUUACACACUACAACUAGUAAUUCAAGAUGCCUACGCAAUGUUCGGCUUUUGGCUGUUCAAAUAGUAAAGUUAAGGACAUCGGUAUAAGUCAGCAAAAGUUUCCGGCUAAGGAUAAAGAAAAUUUAAGACAAUGGCUUGACAAAGUGGACCUUCGUUAAUUAUUCAUAUGAAAUCUUGUUCCAACCGGUUAUUAAAAUAUUCCUUCGCCGCACCAAUAUUGAAUAAAAACGCAAAUGACGUCAUGAGUAUGCCGACAUUUCGUCCAAUGAAAAUUAACAAUAAAAUAAACAAAGGGGAAUGACUCCUGCACCAAUAUUGUAUAAACACGCAAAUGACGUCAUGGGCACGCACGGAGCUCAACAACAGCCUGCCGAUGAUAGUAUUGAUAGUCCCCAUCGAAUAUCGCUCACAAUUUUUUCUUGAAAUAACUUUCUUCCUUUAAUCAUAACUGACGUAUAUGUAUUGUCACAUUUAUGUAUAUCAUUUAAAAAACGCGUGUAUUCCAGAAUAUGUUGAAAGGUAAAAUUUUCAAGUAACAUAACAUUGGGGAAGCACUGAUGAAGUAUCUUUUGUUGUGUGUAGCAGCCUAGUGAUGGCUUACUCUCAUCACGUGACCAAACAAGGAAGUGACUAAGCGACUCCCAUUACUCCUUCAUUUCUUUAUCACUCAAAAGUAAAUUACAGCGGAAGUGCGUUGUUUUUUUUCCCACGAAUCUCAAAAGCCACCGACUUCAAAUCUUCAUAUUGUGCAAUAACCACAUCAUUGCGAGGGUUUCUUUGUUGAAAUCUUGUACUUUUUUUUUUAAGUACGUCAUACAAACAAGGCUUAAGAACAAGACACACAAACCUUUUGGAUAAAAAGCGUCUUUUGAAGGAGACACAACUGUGAUAGUUAGAUAUGACUGUACCUAAUAUAUUAUCGCACCUAAUAAAUCUUUUUUUCUUCUCUCUCUCUUCUCCAUGCCACGUGAUCAAGGUCUGCCCAGUUGUCCUGUUUCUGUUCGGCACAUUCGGCAACGUCCUGAUCCUGUUCAUGAUGCGGACCCUCCGCCUCGGCCGAACCUCCAUGCACAUCUACCUCCGCGCCUUGGCCAUCUCCGACCUCUGCGUCCUCUACACUGGCCUGCUCCGGUGGUGGAUUCGGUGGACCUUCGACAUCGAUCUCCGCGACAAGCACAACUUCCUGUGCAAGGCGCACACGUGGCUCGUCUACGUGGCCAUCUACGUCUCCGCGUGGCUUCUCGUCGUCAUGACCCUGGAGCGCGCCUGUUCAACAUGCGUGCCGCACCGCGUCGGCUCGUUCUGCACGAAACGCAGGGCGUUCAUGGUGAUAGUGUUCAUAGUGCUGUCUCAGGUUCUGAUGCAGGGACACUUCCUUGUGGGGCUGGCGCUGGUGGACAACGGGUCUAACGCGACGCACUGCUCGUCCGUGACCGCAGAUUACGAUAUAUUCGCUCAUAAGGUAUAUCCUAUUAUAGACAUGGUGCUCCUCUCGCUGGUUCCAUUCCUCUUCGUCAUCCUCGGCAACGCCGUCAUCGUCUGGAAAACGUUUCUAUCGCUCAAAACAGCGGCGGAGCUGAACUUGACGUCCGGUAAGAACGCGUUACUGCGCAGGCGCCGCGCGUCUUCCAUGACCGUCAUCCUGCUGGGGCUCAGCGCCAUCUUUCUGUUGACAACGUCGCCGACGUGUGUGUACAAUAUAUGGGAGCAGGCGGGGGGCGCCAAGGAGGCAAAGACCACGCCCCAAAAAUACGCCCGGGCCGAGCUGGCGUGGGCGGUGGUCAACAUCGCCAUGUACUGUAACAACACGUUCAACUUUUACCUCUACUGCCUCAGCGGCCGGAAGUUCAGAAACGAAAUGAGGCGCCAGUUCUCGCGCAGGCGCAAUGACUCCCAGUCGAACGCUCUCUCGGCGCCAUCCGUACAGGUACAUCGGUUUCCAUUGAACGACUACAGGUCGAAGUGUUUGACAGACCAAACGACACCCAACGGGCAGCUCAGCUACCAGUCGUCCUUCUACGCCCGCUCCAGCAACGCUUAUCUAUGAAUGGAUUAACUACGCGCUGUUGGGCUUAUUUAAUUUGUUUUUUUUUUUUUAAACUGUGAUAAAUUUUUGGUAUUCCACCAGACUAAAACCGUUCACCAUAAGGGAGUGGAUUUAAAAUAAUAACCUUAAAAUAAUUCAUUUGUUAACCAGACAGACCCCAGGACGCCAACGCGUUUCUGUUAAUCAUCUGCAGUGUUUAGAGGCGAAUCUAUCUUCCAUUGAAUCCCAUUAUCAUGAAAUAAUUAUUGAAAGCCCUUAGAGAACAAGUUUUUGUGACCAUAAAACCAAAGCUACCUUAUUACUGCACAGUCAACAACGCUGCUUUAAAAAAAGGGGGUAAAAAAUAACGCCAAAUGUUUUGUGAAUUCGAACAUUAAACUUAAUCAUUCUCGCUUCACUAAUUCCGUUAAAAUAGUUUUGUUUUUACUUUGUUCUUAGAUAUUCC